AUGUCCGUAAUCGAAAUCACAUCCGAGGAACAAUUCACAAAGCUAACCAAGGAAGAUCCCUCGCGCCUCAUUGCGUUGUACUUCCACACCAGCUGGGCUGCCCCCUGCCAGACCAUGAACUCGGUGGUGGCUACUUUGGCCCAAGCCAACCCACAAGUCACAUUUUUGUCCUUGGACGCAGAUGAACAACAGGAAAUCAGCGAAUUGUUUGAGGUUUCUGCUGUGCCAUAUAUCAUUUUGAUCCGUAACUCGACUAUCUUGAAGGAGUUGAGCGGAGUUGAUCCCAAAGACUUUAUUGCAGCAUUGAAGCAGUUCUCGCCUGCUGAAGCUAAGAAGGAAGAAAAGACACAGGAACCUACUCCUGCCGAGACAGAAAAGGAGGAGCCUACCGAGGAGGAGUUGAACGAGCGCUUGAAGAAACUUACAAGCGCCGCUCCUGUGAUGCUCUUCAUGAAGGGUUCUCCAUCUGCCCCUCAGUGUGGCUUCUCCCGUCAGACCGUGGCUAUUUUGCGUGAAAACCAAGUCAGAUUCGGCUUUUUCGAUAUUUUGAAGGAUGACUCUGUCAGACAGGGCUUGAAGACCUUCUCUGACUGGCCUACUUUCCCUCAGUUGUACAUAAACGGUGAGUUCCAGGGAGGUUUGGACAUCAUCAAGGAAUCGCUCGAAGAGGACCCCGACUUCUUUAAGAAUGCUCUUGGCGAAGAGAACUAG